CGCACAGGAAGUGAUGUUGUAUUCGAUUAUUCACUGAAAAUUAAAGUGAAAGCUACUGAUUUGGAGGACAUCUCCAGAGUUUUUGUCUGUUCAUGAAAGUAUGAAAGAGUGUUUCUGUGGAUAUUUCCCACGUGGACCUUUGUGCGCCUCCUCCUUUGAACGCGCUACUUCAGCUUAAGGUGAGGUUUACGCGAAAACCAGGCGGGCAACGUCCAAAGGUCCUUAUAAGCGUCACCAAGGGUCGAUAUUUAAACCCGAUCUGCAAGAUGGCUUCUGCAUGGCAGAGUUUCCUCUCUGUGCACCAGUGGAUAGUGGAGAAUGGAGACAAGAGGACGGACCCCUGGCUGCUGGUGUACUCCCCCGUCCCGGUGUCGCUCAUCUUCCUGGGUUACCUCUGUGUGGUCUGGGCCGGUCCUGGACUGAUGAAACACCGGCAACCUGUGGAUCUCAAAGUGGUUCUCAUCGUGUACAACUUUGCCAUGGUUGGCCUGUCUGCAUACAUGUUCCAUGAGUUCCUGGUCGCGUCGUGGCUCUCUCGCUACAGCCUGCUUUGUCAACCUGUGGAUUACAGCACCAGUCCACUGGCCAUGAGGAUGGCCAGGGUUUGUUGGUGGUUUUUCUUCUCCAAGGUCAUAGAGCUCAGCGACACGCUCUUCUUCAUCUUGAGGAAGAAGAACAGUCAGCUGACCUUCCUUCAUGUGUACCAUCACGGCACCAUGAUCUUCAACUGGUGGGCAGGAGUGAAGUAUGUGGCUGGAGGACAGUCUUUCUUCAUCGGCCUCGUAAACACCUUCGUCCACAUCAUCAUGUACUCCUACUACGGCCUGGCUGCAAUCGGCCCUCAUAUGCAGAAGUACCUUUGGUGGAAGCGGUACCUCACCUCUCUGCAGCUGGUGCAGUUCCUGCUCUUCCUCCUUCACACCGGCUACAAUCUGUUCACCGAGUGCGACUUCCCAGACUCCAUGAACGUAGUGGUGUUUGGUUACUGCGUCACCCUCAUCAUCCUCUUCAGUAACUUCUACUAUCAGAGCUACCUUCACAAGAAGAAGCAGAAAUAAGGCAAUGACAAACUUUCAGGCUUUUUUUUUUUACCAGGGAGUGCAGACGCGACAGGGUAAACAAGCGUCCCCAGGAGAGAGCUGCAGUAUUUUUCUGACCACUAGAGGGCGCAACCUACCCACAAGUCUGAAGUCAAUCAGACUCACAAACGAUGUGAACAGUUUGAAUCCUCACUGUGAGAUUUUUUAUUUUCUUAAAUGACACUCAAAUGACUGUUGUAAACAAACUGUACAUUUUAUACACAUAAUAAUAUUAAUAUUAAUAAUAAUAAUAAUAGGAGGCUGGUUGUCGCUGCAGUAUUACAGGACUAAUGAGCCAGAAACCUCCAUCAGAGAUAAAUUCAAAGGCAGAAAGAAACCACUUAACACUUACAGAAUUGCAACUUCUUUUUUUCCCACUGAUAAAUCAAUCACAGCAAAAUUAUAUAUUUUACACUUCAGUCCACAAAAAAAAAAAAAAAAAAUGGAGGAUGCAAAUUAGAGAGCAGGAAAAGCUGUUGGGAUGGCGUAUACAUCUUGGUGGUUGCGUUGUGUGAAAUUCAUCCAUUAAAACUGCGAAUGGAGUCUGAUUCUGCUGUAAUUAGCACCAGCAUCAAAUUCUGUAAAGGAUGAGAACAGAUUUCCAGAACAUUUAACAUGAAAUAUUAUUGUUCGCUAUGUGAAACGUUCAAGUUUAAAAUCAUUAAAAAAGUACCCCCCCC